GUCUUGAUCCACCUAUCUUUGUGCUGCAGCUACAGGUUGCUCACCUGUGUGUUGGCGCGUGAACUCCUCGUGCACGAGCCCUCAUUCCAACACAGGUUGUCCACGGACGAGAGGGGCGCGCGCGCGCACGCAUGCACACCGAUCGAACAUCCAAACAAGACCGGCUUUCAGUCCACCUUCCGCCCCGGGUCUCGUCCCCGAAGGCACCGGUGUUGUGCCGAGUUUUCUGGGUGGGAGUUCGGUGGUUUACGCCACGUCGACCAAACAUUGUUUCCGCUCUGUGUUUCCCCAAACAUCGGCCAUGCUGGACCCGUCCUCCAGCGAAGACACCGGCGGGGAGUCCGACCCAGAAGUUGCCCGGGAUCUCGUCAGGAAAGCCAAGCGGGGCGCCGAGAGCCGAGCGGGUGGCCAGCAGGGACAGCUCGCCGCGGCUGGGGGCUCCUCCGGCCAAAGUGCUCACCGAGGCGGCGAGGAGGAGGAGAAGCGAGAGCGGGAGAGAAUGCAAAGAGAGGAAGAGGAGCACAAAGUCAAACUGCAGCUUUAUGUCUUCGUCCUCCGCUGCAUCGCCUACCCCUUCAACGCCAAGCAGCCCACCGACAUGGCUCGGCGGCAGCAGAAGGUGAACAAGCAGCAGCUUCAGGCGGUGAAGGAACGUUUCCUGGCCUUCCUCAAUGGAGAAACUCAGAUUGUAGCUGAUGAAGCCUUCUGCAACGCUGUGAGGAGCUACUACGAGGGCUUCCUGAAGAGCGAGCGCGUCUCCAAGAUGGUUCAGGGCGGCGGCUGCUCGGCCGGCGACUUCCGCGAGGUGUUCAGGAAGAACAUCGAGCGGCGCGUGCGCAGCCUGCCGGAGAUCGACGGACUGAGCAAGGAGACGGUGCUGACCUCGUGGAUCGGCAAGUAUGACGCCAUCUACAGGGGCGACGAGGACAUGCGGCGCCAGCCCCAGCGGCCCCACCUGAGCGCCGUGUCGGAGCUCAUCCUCAGCAAGGAGCAGCUCUAUGAGAUGUUCCAGCAGAUACUUGGUGUCCGCAAGUUUGAGCACCAGCUGCUCUACAACGCCUGCCAGCUGGACAACGUGGACGAGCAGGCGGCUCAGAUCCGCAGAGAGCUGGAUGGACGGCUGCAGCUGGUGGAGAGGAUGGCCAGGGAGAGGAGAUACCCCAAGUUUGUGUCUGCCGACAUGGACGUCCUCUACGUGGAGGAGCUGCGAUCCUCCAUCAACUUGUUGAUGGCCAACCUGGAGAGCCUGCCCGUGUCCAAAGGAGGACCCGACUUCAAGCAGAAGCUCAAGCGCUCGUCCAUGAACAACUCCUUCUUGGACCUGGGGGACGAAGCCGACGUGCUGUCCAAGUCGGACGUGUUGCUGUCCUUCGCUCUGGAGGUCGUGAUUGUGGAGGUCCAGGGUCUGAAGUCGGUGGCUCCCAACAGGAUCGUUUACUGCACCAUGGAGGUGGAAGGAGGAGAGAAGCUGCAGACGGACCAGGCUGAGGCCUCCAGACCGCAGUGGGCCACCCAGGGAGACUUCUCCACAACUCAUCCUCUGCCCUCCGUCAAAGUCAAGCUCUUCACGGAGAGCACAGGGGUUCUGGCUCUGGAGGACAAGGAGCUGGGCCGAGUGGUCCUGACCCCGACCACCAACGGGCACAAGCAGGCCGACUUCCACCACAUGGUCGUCCCCAAGAACAGCCAGGACACGGAGCUGAAGAUCAAACUGGCGGUCCGCAUGGACAAACCCCCCAACAUGAAGCACAGCGGGUAUUUGUACGCACUGGGACAUCGAGUCUGGAAGCGCUGGAAAAGGAGAUACUUUGUUCUGGUUCAGGUGAGCCAGUACACGUUCGCCAUGUGCAGCUACAGAGAGAAGAAGGCGGAGCCUCAGGAGCUGAUGCAGCUGGAGGGUUACACGGUGGACUACUGCGACCCACAGCCAGGCCUGCAUGGGGGGCACGUCUUCUUCAACGCCAUCAAGGAGGGCGACCUGGUGGUGUUUGCCUGCCAAGACGAGCAGGACCGGGUCCUGUGGGUCCAGGCCAUGUACCGCGCCACCGGACAGUCCUACAAGCCGACACCCCCACCCCUGAGCAAGACCACAAACUGCAGACCCGGAGGCAAGAACCCAGCCUCACUCAUAAGUCUGGAUCCGUCUCAGCGUCAGGGCGUGGAGGAGCUCAUCGCCGCCGCGCCGUGUCGCUUUGACCACGCUCGCCUCUUCACACUGUUACAGAAGCAAACUCUGCAGCACCGCAUGAGCGACUCCUUCUCCUGUCUGGGUUGGUUCAGUCCGGGUCAGGUGUUUGUGCUGGACGAGUACUGCGCUCGCUACGGCGUGCGAGGCUGCCACCGCCAUCUGAGCUACCUGAAGGACCUGAUGGAGUUCUCGGAGAACAACACCCUGGUGGACCCCACGCUGCUGCACUACAGCUACGCCUUCUGCGCCUCCCAUGUGCACGGGAACAGGCCUGACGGCAUGGGCACGGUGACGGUGGAUGAGAAGGAAAAGUUUGAAGCCAUCCAGAGUCGACUCUUGGCUCUUCUUGAGAACCAGAUCACACACUUCAGGUACUGCUUCCCUUUCGGAAGACCAGAUGGCGCCCUGAAGGCCACGCUGUCCCUGCAGGAGCGGGUUCUCAUGAGGGACAUCACCACACCAGUGCCUCUAGAGGACAUGAAGAAGCUGGUGCACAAGUGUCUGGAAAAAGCCGCCGGAAUCAAUUACAGCCAGCUGAUUGAAUACGCUCACUUGAAGGCGGACCUUGAAGUGGACCCUGAGAAGCGACUGGAGGACAUGAUGAGACUGGGGGAGCUGGUCAUUGAAGUCCUGCAGCAGAACGACGAGCAUCACUCUGAGGCGUUCUCGUGGUGGCCCGAGCUGAUGGCCGAGCAUGCCGAGAGCUUCCUGUCUCUCUACCGGGUCGACAUGGACUCGGCCCUGCAGGUCCAGCCGCUCGACUCGUGGAACAGCUUCCCACUCUUCCAGCUCCUCAACGGCUUCCUAAGGACCGACCCCCACCUGUGCAACGGGCCCUUCCACAAACACCUGCAGGACCUGUUUGUCCCCUUGGUGGUGCGCUACAUCGACCUGAUGGAGUCGUCCAUCGCACAGUCCGUCCAUCGCGGCUUUGAGCAGGAGACCUGGCAGUCGGUCAAGUCCCUAACUAACAAUCUAGCGGGCGUCCCUCUCCCCAAAGUCCCCGGCCUCCCUCUGUCGCUGCCGUCCAUGCCCAGCUUCCCGGCACCGGCCCGGAUGAGACAGGACAACACCAAUGGCUCGGCCACGUCGGAGGAUUUGUUCUGGAAGCUGAACGCUCUGCAGAUGUUCGUGUUGGACCUCCACUGGCCCGAUGCCGAGUUCGCCAAGCACCUGGAGCAGCGGCUCAAACUGAUGGCCAGUGACAUGAUGGAAGCCUGCGUCAGGCGAACAAAAUUCGCGUUUGAUGGCAAAAUGCAGAAAGCCAACAGGUCGACGGACUUCCGAGUGCCGCUGUGUGUGUGCACCAUGUUGAACAUUCUGAUGGACGCCAAGAGACAAUGCUCCAAACUCUGCGUGCUGGACACCGGGCAGGAGACUGACAAACAAUGGCAACAGUAUCACUCCAAAAUCGAUGUCCUCAUCGAUGAGGCGUUCAAAGACAUGGUUUCUUCUCUCGUUUCGAAGCUGUCGGCGGUCCUCGGCAGCGUCCUGUCCAAACUGUCGAGAUACGACGAGGGCACCUUCCUCUCCUCCAUCCUCUCCUUCACGGUGAAGGCAGCUGCCAAAUACGUGGAAGUGCCCAAACCGGGAAUGGACCUGGCUGACACCUACAUCACCUUUGUGCGUCAGAACCAGGACAUUCUGCGUGAGCGCAUCAACGACGAGCUAUACAUCGAGAAAGUGUUUGAUCAAUGGUACAGCAGCAGCAUGAAGGUGGUGUGCGUGUGGUUGGCCGACAGACUGGACCUGCAGCUCCACCUCUACCAGCUGAAGACCCUCAUCAAGAUCGUCAAGAAGACCUACAGAGACUUCCGCCUGCAGGGCGUCCUGGACGGGACCCUCAACAACAAGAGUUACGAGACCGUCUUCAACCGCCUGUCGGUGGAGGAGGCCACCAUGGCCGUCAAGGCGGGCGAGGGCCUGCAGGGCGUCAGCAUGCGGGACAGCGACGAGGAUGACGACUGAAAACGCCGCUCGUCUGUCCCAGCCCCCGUCAUCGUCAUCCUCAUCAUCACGUCUUCAACAGACCCUCUCACUCAGGUGACCUCCAUCCUGCUACAAGCUUAGCUAACGCAGCCAUGCGGCUUUAGGGCGCCUUAUGCUAACGCUAGCAAGCCAAACGACAACGUUAUAAAAAUGGCUUGUUUGGUAGUUUCUCUUUAAUGACGUUAUUGGAUGGCACAAGGCAUUAUGGGAUGCCAAGAGCAGCAUCCGUAAAUGACAUCGGUGGCGCCCUUCGAUGGUCAUUCUUUCUUGUUUUGAUGUUUUGCCUGCGUGCCCGCGGAAUAGCAUCCUUUUUCAAAAGCAUUUGUAGCCAAACGCGUCUCUCCUCCUCUGCACUUGCUUUGUCCAUCGUCCCUUGUCUUAACCCUUACGAGAAGGAAGUCCAAAUAUUAUGGGAAGCGUUAUGGAAAAAAAAUGAUGAGGACAGUUGAAAUAUUUGUCAAAUUUAAAAACGACAACCAAAAAUGAUACUAGCAUAACUAUGAGGGGGGAAAAAAACAUUUUUGACCAUUUCUGCAAUCAUUUUCACAAUAGAAAAGAAAUAAAGUUGGGCAAAAGUUGUGAGAUUACGAGCACAAAGCCAAAAUAUUAUGAGAAGUGAAAAAAAUGACGGGAGGACUGUUGAAAUAUAUGUCAAAUUUGAAAAACAACAAAAACAUUUUUUACAAGCAUAACAUCAAUAUGCCGUAGGGGAAAAAAAAUGAUUUGGACAAUUUCUGCUCUUUUGGAAAGGAAAACAAACUUACAGUAUCACUCGGAUAGUGUGAACAUCCAGCAGCAGCCCGACAUUUUGGCAUGACUGCUCUUUUGAUGACAAAUAUUUUGAACCAAGUCCACCAUCUACCUCGAGAAGAGUUUGUUUACUCUGCUUCAGCUGAGACGUUUCACCCUGAUGACGUCUGGAAACGAGCGCUAGCUCAUCGUCAUGACUGGCGCCAAAUGUGUCAUUUUUGCGAUUUUACCGUUUGCGUUCAAAAAUCAAACAAUGUAGAACAUAAUUACACACAAUGUAUAACAUAUUAAAGCUAAGCCGAUUAAUCAUGUCCGGGACCCUUUAUUGAUUGCCCCCCCCCCCCGCCCCUUUGCAGCACAGUACAGCCUACAACUGUGUCGGUUACAUUUUAACGUUGACCACUCAGACGUGUUCUAAAAGGUGGCCCCAUAAAGACGAGGCCCACUAAAUAGUCCAAAGGUCCAAUCCGUGGUUCUGCUGUAGAUCCUGUUCUUCAUGGCGUUCUAGAAAGAUCUACAGAUGGUCCUGUGUGGUCUUGGACCACCAUGAUGACUCCUUUGGACCCCCUGCUGACUGUGUUGACAUCACAAAAAGACUUUUUGGACAUUUUGGGAGGAUUCCACCAGGAGUCCAUCUGUCAGUCCAGGCUGACGAGAGGCUGGGAGACGCCCCCUUGUGGACGUGCACAUGUUUCAUUAGCAACGUCUGUCACUUUCUUUUUGUGUUAGUGUGCGUGGAGCAGAAUCUUCUAGAAACAAACUUCAGUCAUUGUGUCCCACUCAUGGUUCUGGACCCGCUUUCACCUUCAAGCCCAGUGAGCCGUUUCUACUUCAUGUGACAAGUGUCUCCUUUUUUUUUUUUUAAAUCAUUGCUUCUCAAAGCUUUCAGUGGCCCAGUUUGGCCCCACCCGCUGGCCAGUACCAGGCGGGUACUGGUCGGGGACCCUACGCUAGAGGAUCUUUGGUGUUUUGGGCGGGUCGCUGACAACAAGUCGAAAUGACGUUGAAAUAUUUCAUGCAAUUUUCUCAUUCAAUUAUGAUUGAUACAAAAAAAGAAUAGUUCCUUUCCGUUCCAUUCCUCCUCUAAAUAUUGUACAUUGAAAUACAUUUUGCACGUGCAAAUGUGUUUAAAAAGGGGUUUUGAAGGCUAUUUUUAGCUUUAAAAAAAAUGCCCAUUUUGGCCUCCAUAAAAGUGGGUCACCAUGGGAAAAUGUGGGAGGCGAGCCCCCGGUAUAGAGGAUCUUUGGCUUUUGCAGCCAGUCUCAGGUUGUAAAUGCCUUCAGCCUGGGAAGCACAUUUUCCAGCUGUCAUCAAGAAGCGACCCGCUUUUUCAAAAAAAUCCAAACUCCAGUUGCAACAAUUCAUCCAUGGUUCAUCGAUUCUUUUUUUUCCUCCUCUGAUUUCAGCCCCCACAGGGGAGGGGGGGGGGGGUGUUUGUACAUUCCUUUCAUCUUCCAAGAAAGCAGCGCUAUCAUGUUGGUGUUUUAGCAAAACUAAAUAUUCACACACGUCAGCUUUGAGGCUGGAAAACAAUGACGGAUAUUUUUGCCACUUUUGCGCCCAAACCAUUAACGGUUUGUGUUUGCUUUUUAUUGAUGUGGUCCGCGGGUGUCCAAAGGGCGGCCCGGGGGCCCUUUGCGGCCUGCUUUUCAUCGGCACAUUUUCAAAAUACCAAUAAACAAGAAAACUUACAAAAUCAACAAGAAAAAUGGAGAAACAGGAGUAAGUCUUUUUUUUUUUUGUAAAGUAGAAAUAUUGGAAUAAAGUCAUAAUAUUGAUAUUAAAAAAUGUAACAUGACAAUAAGAUAACAUUUACAAGCAUAAUGUCUAUCUACUAGGAGGAAAAAAUAUUUUGAGGAUUUUGGCAAUAAUUUCCACAAGAAAAAAUAAAUAAAGUUGCAAUUUUGAGGGAAAUUAGGUUGGGGAAGAGUUGUGAUGUUCCGAGAAUAAAGCCAAAAUACGAUGGGAGGUGUUGUGACAAGAAGACGGUUGAAAAACGACAGCGAAAAAAUGUACACGCAUAACGUCAGUAUAAUGUGGGGGGGGGGGGAUUAAUUUGGACAAUUUAUGCAAUCAUUUCCACAAUACAAAAAGAAAUAAAGUUGCAGUUUGGGGGGGGUUAGAUUGGGAAAAAGUUGUGAUGUUACGAGAAUAAUAAUUAAAAAAAAAAGACAACUUACAUACUGUAGUUUUAAAAUUGUAAAACGACAGCAAAAAAAUGUUCCAAGCAUAGUGUGAGUCCGCUAUGAGGUAGAAAACAUUUAUUUUGACAAGUCCCGCAUUCAUUUUCACAAGAGAAAAGAAAUAAAGUUGCAUUUUGGGGGAAAUUGGGUUGGGAAAAAGUUGUGAUGCUAGCAAAGUAUUCUUUUAAAUAUGAAUGCACACAACGACUCGUACACGUGCAGUUAUUCAUGCAUUUCAUGAAGGAAAUGCAAGGAGGAAGAUGACUAAAAUAUUGGGCAAUUUCAACGUUAUUAGAACAAUUAUUAUAAAAUUAGAAUCAAAUGAAUAAAAAGAGUCAGACGUGGAUUGUGUGUUCCAUAUUUUCAUGUCAUUUCUCAUUCGCCGUCUGCGACCCACUUCUGGCUCCCGACCCACCAGUUGAGGUUCCCUGCUGUGUUUUCAUCGCUGACUUUGACGGAAAUUUGUUGAAGUGAAAGUGAAACUUUGUCGUUCAUAGAAAAAGACGAAUUUGCUCCACUUGUGAACUUUGUAGAAAAACAAAAACAAGAAAAAAACAUUUGAGUUGAAAAGGUUCUGUUCUGGUGUGUUCUCCGUGACACGUGGUGCCUUUUUGUGUGCGUAAAGUUGUUGUUUCAUCACAGCUGAAGUUCUGCAUGUCAGGGCCCGGUACCGGAAGACAAACGUGCGCAUGUGUUUCUUUUCUUUCAACACACACAUUCUACUCUGGACCAACGGGAUUAAAGGUUCUGGUUCUUGUUUUUUUUUUAUGUGUCUCGGUGGUUCUGUGUCCUGUUUUCGAGGUCCACUUGUGGAGAACCCGUGGAGAAUGGUUGUUUUAGUUCUGUAUUCUGCUUCUGAAGGUGUCCAAUAAAAUGACGUCAGCAAAACACGAAUUUGUGGUUCAGUAAAAAAACCAAAAACAAAAGUGUCAAUAAAAUGAAUGCAAUUAUUGAGUGUAAGGAGAGAAUGACAGAUGAAACAAGACAAACGAUGUGUCAUUCUUAAGAUAGCCAAGCAGAGGAAA